AUGCCACCACUGGCCCUGCUUCUACUGCAGAGCACCACCAUCCUGGUGAUGUGGGGUGGCCGGCCCGCAGGGGGAGCUGGAGAUAUGGGGCUGCAGGAGAACCCCCCCUGCAGCCAAUACGGCGACCGGGUACUGCCCGGAGGCCAGUGUGGCAUCACGGCCCUGCCGACACAGUGGGGUGAGCGGCGCUGCCCGGACGCGUUCCGGUGCAUGGAAGAGGCGCAGCGGUGGCGACGCGAGAAUGAGCAGCGCAAGCAGCAGGUCCUGGUGCUGAAGGAGACGGUCUCAGAGCUGCAGGAAGAGCUGCGGCACCACCGGCACCGCGUCAAGGUGCUGGAGCUGCAGAACGAGGAGAAGAACUGGCUGAACUCCUCGCUGGAACAGCGGCUGCAGGAUGCGGAGCGGCAUGAUGCUGAGGUCGGCAGCACGCUGCGCCCGCAGGGCAUGCUCGUCCACGACAUGCAAGUGCAGGUGCACAACCUGGCCGCGUUAGUGGAGAAGGCCCGCCGCAAUCCAGGCUGCAUGGUCAACGUGGUGCGUGCCAGCCAGCUGCUCAGCGCCCACCAAGCCCUGCACCCAGACGUCCGGCAGGUGAGGAGCUGCCCCAUGGACUGUGCCUCUGUUUAUCACGACGGUAUCCGGCGCUCGGGGGUCUACACUGUGGUGCCUUCUAUGGGGGCCUGGCCUGUGGAGGUCUUCUGUGACAUGGACACUGCCGGCGGUGGCUGGACUGUUAUCCAACGCCGGCUGGGCGGUUCCGUCAGCUUCGAGCGCAGCUGGCAGGAGUACAAGCUGGGUUUCGGCGACCUGCACUCCGACUUCUGGCUGGGUAACGAGCACAUCCACACGCUGUCCCGGCAGGGGGGCUACGCACUGCGGAUCGAGCUGGAGGACUGGAGCAGCGAACGCAAGCACGCCACCUAUGAGAGCUUCAGCCUCGACGGGGAGGAGACCCAGUACCGCCUGCACGUUUCCGGUUUCAGCGGCACGGUGAAAGACUCCUUCGGCUGGUACCACAACAUGCACGCCUUCAGCACACCCGACAUCGGCAACAUUUGUGCCCAGAUCUCACGUGGAGGCUGGUGGUACCACCGGUGUUUCCUCACCAACCUCAAUGGCGUCUACUAUAAGGGGGGGUGGUACACCCCCAGGGACAAGAGGCCUCCGGGCCCAGACGGUAUCGUCUGGUACAGCUGGAAGGACUCUGAUUAUUACUCCCUGAAGAAGGUGAGCAUGAUGAUCCGACCACGGGCGUUCCGGCCCCGCCCAUCACCGUGACGAGGUAGCCGGCGGGAGGGGGGUAUGAGGGACAGGCCAUGUUUCCAUCUGGAAGGCCUGGCAGCUCUGCCCUCUGCCCCCGAUCAUGUUGCAGCCGAGGAAAAAACUCUUCAUUUUUGUAUGUAGUGUUUUUCCAAACUAUAUUUUACUGAUCUGUUAUACAUAUAAACGAAUGUCCUGCAUAAGGUACAGAAUGAUAAAGAACACUGUGUUUGUCAUAGCUUUGAUUAGAAUCUGGAAAACAUGAAUGGCAGAUUAAACAAAAAUAUAUCUCUCAAACAAAACUUCACAGGUUAUACAUACUGUAUUUUUCCUUUUUAUAAAACGGCUAAAAUCGUGAAUUUAUUGACCGUCUGCUAGGUCACUGAUAACUGGAGGGUGGCAGGUGGCUGAGCAUGUGAUUAAAAUUUUUUGCUCUCAUUUUUUUAACAGUGCACCACGGCACUGCGCCACUGUCACUCAUGAUUUCUUUACCAUUACUGCACUAUUUUUUUGUGAAGUAAAGUUCGCCACAAACUUAAUGACCAAGAAACAAUGGGUCAUAAGGCCCCAGCAGCUGAGAAGCACUGCGAAAUGGACAACAGCAAUGAAUAUGCUUCAUUCCUGGUCUCUGACUCACACAAAAAGCCCAUUGUGAUUAAACUUGUUUCCUCUGGAGGGAAGCUCUGUGCGACUUCAUUCUUUGCAUGCGUGUCACACUGGACCCAAGACAGAACCAGAUAGAGAGCACCUGCAGGGCCCACGGCGGCUACCGAAGAACGAAGCUUCCACUCCGCAAUUAGGAUCCGAGCCGAACCCUCAGCAUCCUCACAGACGCAGGCUGCUGAAUCCUCACAGACGCAGGCUGCUGAAUCCUCACAGACGCAGGCUGCUAAAUCCUCACAGACACAGGCUGCUGAAUCCUCACAGACGCAGGCUGCUAAGAUUUCAACCGAUUCUACAAAUGGACAUGUUGAGGGCUCCAGGGUGGUGUCAUUCUGCUCCUCGGGAAGGGAAGCAUUGGGCGAAACAAAAAGACAGAAACACACUAUUUGGUCUUUAUUUUGCCACAAACUGCUUAUUUUUCCUCGGAGCUACGCGAGAAUGAAUAACAUGGAUCGGAUAGUUAAUGGUCUGCCGAUCUUUCACUGAUGGUUUCGGUGUAUUAAAUAUUUACUGUAAAAAAAUAAAGGGAAAAGUGAUACUCCA